AGCAUUAAGCUUGAGACCUGGGCCCCUAAAUCAUGGGCUAAUGUCCUCGUCCCAAGUCUUCCCCCUUUCUCUUUCCUUUCUCCCUUCCACUGUAUCAAAAAUAAAACAAGUAGAAGCUAGAAAGAAUAGAAGAAGAUAGCACCAAAUCGAAGCAGCAAACUGACAAUAACCCGGAAUCAAUUCAACCGUAAAUCCAAAGUAAUCAUAAUCCUUCUCAUUAAACAACUCAUUAGCCUUCUUAAACGCCCCACCAAAUCAACCUACCGAAAAAGAAAAAGAAAAAAAAAAUUCCUCUUAUAUUUCCAGAGCUUCUUUCUUCUCUGUCUCUCUCUAGCAGGAGCUUCAAGAGACAGACCAACAAAAAAAAAAUGAAGCUUUCUGCGUUGCAGCAGAGCUACAUCAACCGUCGAAGCAACAGCUUCAGAUCAUCAGGACCGUUGGAUUCAUCUUCCGACAGCGCCAUUAAGUCGCCAGCAGCCAUUUUCUGGCUGAUCCUCCACGGUCUCUGUUGCUUAAUCAGCUUAGUCCUCGGAUUCCGCUUUUCUCGCUUGGUCUUUUUCUUUUUGUUCUCCACUUCCUCCACCAACUUCUACACGUCACCGUUUCGCUCCACCGCCGAACUCGCCAAAACCCUAGAUGUCCACUCCGUUCUGUCCACCAACCCCGUGACGAACCCCGACUUACUGUUGCUCAACAAGACGGCGACGAAUUCGAGAGUGGUUGUGGGGCGGCACGGGAUCCGGAUCAGGCCAUGGCCGCACCCGAACCCGAUUGAGGUCAUGAAGGCUCACCGGAUCAUCGAAAGAGUUCAAAAAGAGCAGAGGCUACAAUUCGGUGUGAAGGAUCCCAGGACAGUUAUCGUGGUAACGCCGACAUAUGUACGGACAUUCCAAGCGCUGCAUUUGACCGGUGUGAUGCACUCGCUAAUGCUGGUUCCAUACAAUCUGGUUUGGAUCGUGGUGGAAGCCGGCGGGGUCAGCAACGAAACGGCAUCAUCUAAUUCUUUUGCUGAUUGCAUUUUCAAUACAUUGUCGAAUUAUGAUGCGCCGGUGCUUGGAUUUAUCAAAAACAAUUGCGUUUCGAUUUUGAGAUGUUGA